CUAUGUUUAGAUGAGAUGGGUUCCACCAUACUGUGGAUGUUUCAUAUCUUUAAUGUGUAAAAUUAAAUAAGCAGAGAAGGUUUGAUGUAUUUUUUGACUUUAACUUGUUUCGCUUUAGACAGUCAGCUUCAUAAAUACGUCUCAUCUUACGUUUUGACAUCUUGGUUAAAAAUCCAGCUCGAUUGUGUUGACAGGAAAAUAUCUGGUGUUGAUUUUGAGAGACAUUAAAUGCGUUCAGCAGGAUUAUAGCUAAACGACCAAAACAAAUCCGUGUUUAUAGAUCAUGGUGGAAAAUUCUCCUUCUCCUCUGCCAGAGAGGGCCAUUUAUGGGUUUGUCCUUUACCUCGGCUCACAGUUUGGCUUCUUUCUUUAUUGCUUGUGGGCAUUUGUUCCAGAUGAGUGGCUUCAUUCAAUAGGGCUCACUUACUGGCCUCAAAAGUAUUGGGCUCUUGCGGCGCCAAUCUAUCUGCUGGUGGCUUUAAUGAUCUUUGUGUUGCUGUUGUUCGGAGUGAACUUUAACAACACGGCGCCACUCGACUCCGUGGACAACAUCACAGAUGUGUAUGCACAAGGCCAGAGGACAGAAUGCUCCCGUAAGGGGGGAAUUCCUCGACUAAGGGAUGUUUCCAUCAGUGAAGUCAACCAGAUGUUCUAUUUAUCACCCAAGAUGUAGCAAACACAAACUGAUUUUGCUUUAGGCAGAAUAGCAGUGAAGCUACUGGGGAUUUUUAUUCUGUUGUCACUGCUUAUCAUUUGUUUACAAAAGAUGGAUGAUGCUUUAUUUAUUUUUCAAAGAAGGGUGUAACAUGGGAAGAAGCUAGUCUGAAUCAUUUGUUUUAGUGCUUUAUGCAUCUAUGGUGGGGUGAACUGAUGUGCUGUGUGUUAAUACCAGUGAUGAGCUGAAAGUGAUACAACAUCAGGAUGUAUUGUUCAGAGCAACUUGUACACUGGAUGACUAAUAGAGUGUAUGUUUAUAUGCAAUAAAUUACACAUUUUUUAUAUAUAUUA